GAUAUGGUCAAACAGGACCUUAUUCAAAUCGUGCGGGAUAUGAUGUGAUGAUAGAAGCGGAAGCUGGUUUAAUGUAUAUUACUGGUGAAGAAGAUGGAAAUCCGGUUAAAGUAGGUGUGGCUAUAACAGAUUUAACAACAGGUCUCUACGCUCAUGGGGCUAUUAUGGCAGCUUUAUUAUCAAGAACAAAAACAAAUUUUGGUCAAUGGAUAGAUUGUUCAUUGAUAGAAUCUCAAAUUGCUUCAUUAGCUAAUAUCGCAAGUAAUUACCUUAUUUCUAAUGGAGAAGCUGUACGUAUGGGAACUUCUCAUCCUUCAAUAGUUCCUUAUCAAGUAUUUCCCACCAAAGAUAGUUUUAUAAUGAUAGGAGCCGGGAAUGAUCGUCAAUUUAAAAUUUUAUGUCAAACCAUAAAUCAAGAAAAUUUAUUACAAGAUUCAAGAUUUAAAACUAACGCCAGUCGAGUGCAACAUCGUAAAGAAUUAAUUUCACUAUUGAAAUCAAAAUUUCAAGAGGAAGAUACUGAUCAUUGGUUAGAAAAGUUUUUUGAUAAGGGAAUUCCUUUUGCUCCAAUAAAUAAUAUUCAAAAAACUUUUGAACAUCCUCAAAACAUCCUAAAGCUGGAAAAAUUAAAUUGA